AUGAUAAAGAGCAUCAAUGUCGGCGACGACAGCGAUUCGGACGACGAGCCUCCGCCCGCGAUCAAGUUCUCCAAGGUCACCCAAGCACUCUUGGCGGAUGAGGCGGUAAUAUCAUCUCCUCCCAGGCAAGAGAAAAGCAGCGCUCCACGUUUUCAUCGGUCCGUUGACGCCGAUAAGCCAGAGCUUGACACUCCUAGCAGGGCCUCUGGCAUCAGGAUUGUACGUCGCAACUCACCUUCUGCUCAAGACGGGCAAGCACUAGCAGAAAGGGGGAACACUCCGCCUCGUGUGGUCCACCUGGGUGGCAGCAAAGGCACCGGCUCUGCAAAGCGAUCUAUCAGCAUCUCUGGACCAUAUCCACAGCGCACCGCUGGGAGGCGAGGGCCCACGCCAGAGACUCAUCCAAAAUCAGAAGUAGUCACACCCGCGCAGCCUCGCGCCAUUCGCGUCGUUACUCGCUCUCGAGCUGGUAGCAAUGCCUCGCAGGAUGACCGUUCACACCUUGCAUCCUCAAUUAGCAGACCUGCUUCUCGGAACGGAAUGAGAGCCACCGGGGACUCCAAUGACAGAAACGCUCAACCAACAGAACUGAGCUGCAGCACUUCUCAGUAUCAAUUCCAGGAUAAUGCAUCAAGAUACGGCGCAUCGACAGCAACGCGAUCUCGCAACCCUUCUGCUGAAGCUGGCCAUGCACCAGGAUCACAACGGAUCAAGCGUGCCCCGAUUGGAACAGGCACAUUUCUCAAAAGCGGUCCCGUGCGACGUGGUUUUCGACGGAGAGAUAGUGAAGAAAAUGUGUCUCCGAACGAAGACUUACCAAAUGCUGCUGGGUCAUCUCAGCAAAGUGGAUCAAGCUAUACUCCUCAAGAACGUAGCUUUUCUCAGAUGGACGACGCUCGGAGCAGGAGCGGCAGCGUCAACACUCGCGCCACAUCUGUAGAGCCAGUCUCCGUGCACGACUUUGCCCAAAAGCAGCAAGAGUCUCGACCUGGAUCAAGGCAAGCUCAGGCGCACGUUUCAAGGAGUCAAGCAAAUUAUGAGUCCCGGCCACACUCCCAUCAAACCAGUCGGGAGCCUUCACGGGGUCGUCAGGCUAGUAUUGAGCGAUACCAAAGCCGCAGGCAGAAUAGCGUUCCUCCUGCAGACCUUCCCGCGGCAGAGGCAGCCAUCCCUCAGCAAAGAAGAACGAGUAUUGAACCGCUUCAUCAAAAGCCAGUGCUUGAACAGAAGCAUGCCCAAAUAUCAAGCAGUUACAAUCGUGCCAACUACCGUUACGUUGGGCCAAAGGUUCAUACCGACUCCGCAGAAGACCAGGAGAACAUGCCACCUCCAACAUUCAGGCGCAACAGAGAUCAAGAGUUCAAGUAUCUAGGGAAACCGUCAGUCUUGUCCGACGAUGAGAAGUCUAAGGUAAAACCCAGAAUGGUUGACGAGACCCCUGUCCCCGUCCCACAGCAGGAGCAGAGAAAACCACUGGGCGCUAUCAGUGGCAACACUCCGCACCGCCCAGCGCCAGCUCCACCGCCAAAGAUGAGUGUGUUGGACGCCGCGACGGCAACUGCAGGAGCAAGCACAGCAAAGACGCGCAAGAAAAGAUCCCACAUGGUCGUCAAUGGCAAGAUCUUCACCUCGAUGGGCAGGAUUGGCAAGGGAGGCACCAGUGAUGUUUACUGCGUCAUGGCCGAGAAUCAGAAAACCUUUGCACUAAAGCGUGUCAAGCUUGAGGACUGCGACGAGGCAGCUGUUCGAGGAUACAAGGGCGAGAUUGACCUCCUCAAGCAGCUGACUGAGGUCGAUCGCGUCGUGAGGCUGUUCGAUUGGGAGAUCAAUGAUGAAAAGCAGGAGCUCAUUGUCUUGAUGGAAAAAGGAGAUACCGACUUCAAUCGCAUCUUGACUCUCCGCUUGAAUGGUGUCGAGGCCAAGUUCGACAGCGCCUUUGCACGAUAUCACUGGAAAGAAAUGCUUGAAUGCGUUCAAGCUGUCCACGAAAAGGAUAUUGUACACUCGGACCUCAAGCCUGCUAACUUUGUUCUGGUCCAAGGACGACUGAAGCUGAUCGAUUUCGGCAUUGCCAACGCUAUCGACACCGAUAACACUUGCAACGUACACCGAGAUUCCCACGUCGGCACGCCCAACUACAUGUCACCCGAGAGUAUCACAGACACGAACGCAUCCAGCGGGACCGGCAAGGACGAAGCUGGAAGACCUCUAAAGAAAGACAUGCGUAUCGGGAAAUCUUCAGACGUCUGGAGUCUAGGCUGUAUCCUGUACCAAAUGGUCUAUGGUCGCCCGCCCUUCGCCCAUAUCCCGAAUCAAAUAUCCCGUAUCAUGGCGAUUACGAAUCCAAAGCAUACUAUCGAGUUUCCCGAAAAGGGUGUUGGGGAUGUCAAGGUCCCUUUGAACCUUAUCAGCACUUUAAGAAAAUGUUUGAAUCGCAACCCGGAUAAGCGGCCUACUAUCAAGCAGCUAUUAGCGGAUUCUGAUCCGUAUAUCAACCCCGAGGGCCCUGCCGGAGAAAACGUCUUGAUGAGCGAAGACUUGCUUGGGCUUGUUAUCAACAAGGUUCUUGAGCGCUGUAGAGAUCCGAAACGGGGCAUUCCAGGGCCGGAGGAGGCGGCAGUCUAUCCGCGCAGUUUUAUGGCCAGAAUCAGAGAGAUGCAGGAGGGGAGAUGA